AUCUAUUGAUCUCACAUUUCGUUUCCCAAAACAAUACUGCCCCUUCUCCCUCCGAUCUUGACCCUCGCAUUCCGAUCCCCACAUACUAAGAUCAACCAACCACUGAGCCAAAAGUGGGCAUGCAGGCCCAAAGAGAUCAUCCUGACUUUGUCCUCUUUCCUUCGCAAUUCAACGCCGAAAGCAAAAUGUUGGCAUACGAUUCGUCGAGACAGCAACAGACUCCAUACUUUCAGCAUUUCACAAUGGAUCCCGCGUUGACCGGACCCUUUACCUUCAACGUGGACAGCCUGAGUGGCUUCGGACAAGCUCCCAAUUCGGCACAAAUGCCCCAGUCGUCUUAUUUUGAUACUCCGUCAAUUGAUGCAUACUCCGAUGCCAAUAACGCCGCUAGCUUCCCGGCCAUGCCGGCCACUCCGCCGUCGGCCCCAAUUUCGCAUUCCUCUGAACCUUUCAUGUCUGGUCUUUCUACGGCAUCGGGCCCUUCAAUUGCAAGCGCCUCAUCUUCGGCCAUAGGCUCCCCUUAUUCAGGAACUGCCCCGGCCAUCCAGGAGAGCUGGGUAGAUACUAACCACGGUCUGGGGCUUCCGGCUGCGGUGAUGGGCGAUAUCUUCCCAAAUGAAUACAUUGGGAGCACGCUGGACUUAGAAGGGUACUAUCACAAAAAGGGUUCAGAUAGCUAUGUUGGUGAGUCGAACUGUAUGAUUCGCAACUCCAAGCACAGAGCGCUUACAAGUAAUGCUUCAACGACAGAUCCUUCCUUGAUUGAGACAUUGCAACCACAUACAACUAUUCCUCAAUCUUCUAUGCCAUAUCCUGAGCAGUCAAAUUACGCUUUUCACCAAAAUGGGUUCCUUCCUCAAUCUCCUGAAGUUUCUUAUCUCCCCCAGACCGAAGAUUUUCAGACAAAGCAGGCGAUUACACAACAACUUAACCACAUACCGAUAUCCUCCCCUCUGAUGCCUUCCGGCUCUCCCAUCAAUGACCGGAGAUCCUCCAUCUCCUCUGAGCGUUCCCGUCGCUCACAGCCGAGUCCGGCCGCUAGUAACGCCGAUCUUGAUGAUGAAACCAAGGAGAAAGGGCGGUGUCCCCACUCAGAUUGUGGACGGAUCUUCAAGGAUUUGAAGGCUCAUUUGCUAACUCAUCGGUCGGAGAGGCCUGAGAAAUGCCCCAUUGUCACCUGUGAAUAUCAUAUCAAAGGGUUCGCCCGCAAGUAUGACAAGAACCGCCAUACACUCACUCACUACAAAGGAACGAUGGUCUGCGGCUUCUGUCCAGGAUCUGGGUCACCAGCUGAAAAGAGCUUUAAUAGAGCAGAUGUCUUCAAGCGUCACCUCACUUCAGUGCACGGUGUGGAGCAAACGCCUCCAAACUGCCGGAAGAAGAGUCCAUCCGGGUCUACUAAGGCUCUCACCGGCUACUGUAACGAUGCGACUGGCAAGUGCUCGACUUGCUCUGCUACUUUCAGUAACGCACAGGACUUUUAUGAGCAUUUGGAUGACUGCGUUCUUCGGGUUGUGCAACAGGAGGAACCCAGUGAGGCCAUCAACCAGCAACGACUGGCUGAAGUUGAUUCCGACGAGGAAGUACAGAAGACCAUGGAGAAGCAUAUGCUGCUCGACACGGCUGGUACCGUUGAUCGAUACGACGAUGAAAAUGAUGAUGACGAUGACGAUUCGAAUGAGUUCUUAUCUCUUCGACGACCAACUAACGGUUCAAUGAAAGCCGGCAAGGCCGGCUCGAGUACCUCUUCGCGUGCUAUCUUGGGGAACAACGCUGUUACGAAGCGCCCGACCGGAUCUAAGAGACGCAAUAACCGUGAUCGUUACCCGCAAUCCUGGGGUUGCCCUAGGAGCAGCGUCAACACGAAAAAGCGCGUUUUGUGUGUGUUUGACGGACAACGCCGUCUGUGGAAGGAUGAGAUGAUGUUGAACAACGAAUUCGAAGUUCGUCUCAAGCUUCCUGGUGGCGCUCGCGAUGGCACCAACCGAGAGGCAUAUAUAACUGACUUGGACGUCGAAACGAUGAAGCGCGCUGAAGGUGUCCUGAGCGCCACUGACGAGGAACGUGGUCCUUGGCUAGAUACUUCCUCGCCCCAUCUUAUUGGGCAAGCGGCUAUGCCACUGCCUCAUUCCUAUGACGGAGAAGUGGAUCUUGAUGGGUAUGCCUCUUAAUACUGCUUUCCUUCUCAACUCCCCUCUAUCUUCUCUAGUUUCGCUCCUGUUUUGCAUACGUGGCAUGAUGUUAGCGAUAUUUCUUAUGUUUGAGUAGUGUGAUACCAUUAUUUGUUGAUGUUUUCGUUCUCAAUUCGUUUGGAAUCCAUCUUCUCAAUUUUGUACUUAUACGGUAUCUAUCCUUGUUCUCUGUCUGGCUGGGCCUUCGGAAUUCAAGGGGACAAGAUGGGGAAAAAAGCAUUUUCUGUGUUUUACUAUUACCACUUUUAACCAGGUCAUUCAAUACCGAUACCCGAGUUCAACGGGGAUUCUUCAUUUUUCUUACGCUAAAUCCAAACCUUGAGAGGCUUAUUGAGUAGGAGUAUGGUCACCAUCUAAGAUGGAUAUAUAUAUAUAUUAUUUCGUUUGA